UACCAAUGACGUAAAUAAAUAACUAGAUGUCUAACUUCGGGAUUUUUAUAAAAUAAAAGUGAAGCCGAUUUAUUUGUUUACUAUUUUAAUCAGCCAUUAUUAUAUCGGGCAGAAAACAGUAAAUAUCAUAUAUAAUAUAGAGUAAAUUCGCGACAUAAUUUCUUUUACCUUGCUGAAGUAUUUAUUUAAUUCAACUAUUUUCAUCACAAAAUGGUAAAUUCUUGUGCUGCAUAUGGAUGUUCUAAUAGAUACAUAAAAGGUGGCGAGAAAUCCUUUCAUAAAUUUCCUUUUCAAAAUUCUGAAUUAUGUAAAAAAUGGAUUAUUGCUUUGAAACGUGAAAAUUUUCUUCCAUCCAAACACACCUGUAUCUGCAGCGACCAUUUUUUAGAAUCAGACUACAAUUACUGUAUCCCAGAAAAAAAAAAUCUAAUUCUUGAUCAUUAUCAUAAGCCUAUUUUAAAAUGUAAUGCUGUGCCAUCCGUUUUUGUAUUUUCUACAAAUAUUCAAAAGACUAAAAGGAAACUCCCAUCAAUACGAACAUCAGUAAAUUCAUUAUCUAAAUUUAAUUCUUUUUCGAAAAAAACAAAGUUUGAUGUUUGCCCUGUUAUAGACAAACCAAGCAAAGAAAUUAAUUCAACACAUAAUGAUCAGCCAGAAAGCACUAUUGAACAAAAUGACCACACUAGUCAAUUUCCAACACAAUCUAUAAAAUCUUUAUCACCAGCAAAAGAAAAAUUAAAAAAAAGUUAA